AUGCAAACUCCGAAGUGUUUGUUCUCUUUUCAGUUGUUCAUAAAUUAUAAGCUGAAGUCAGUCGCCCAUCUUCCGUGGAGAAUGCUUACUUACAAGUUUAUCAAUACCUUCAUUGACGAUCUGUUUGCUUUCGUCAUACGGAUGCCAUUGAUGUAUCGCAUAGGAUGCUUCAGGGAUGACAUUAUCUUUCUUAUCUACUUAUACCAAAGAUGGAUAUACCGCGUUGAUCCCAACCGCAUGAACGAAUUUGGCACAUCGCUUGCUACUUCCACCGAAGCUAAUGGUCAAAUAGACAUAGCAUCAGACGCUGAUGCUAAUGGCGAGAUCCAAGAACAGGAAACGAAGAAGGAUAAAUAG